AUGUCCAAAAAGGACGAAUCGGCCAUGUUUCCGGCUCCAAAUCGCAAUGACAGUACAAGCGACAAGAUGAACGAGCAACCACCCACCCCGGAAGGACCAACGGAUAGCCAUGUCUUGGCUCAGGUUGAACAGGAUGAAAAAGGCAUAUCGCAACAAACCGGCGACACAUCCCAAGUGACUGAUCUCGGAUGGAUCACACCCGCCGGCCAUAUCGAAGAGCCGCUAAUUGCUGGACUUUCGAAUGAAGAUCUGUGGAUGUAUAUCAGACGAUUUGACAAGGCAAGUUUGAACAAGAAGCACGCUGUGCCGAAUGCUCCGCUGCAGAAGCUUGAUCUGACCCGAUCGGAUGACGAUGAUUUCUCUCCAGACAAGCUGCGCGCAACAAUGGAAAGGUUCUACACAACAGUGGUUAUUACAUUGACGAGCUUUAUCAAACACAUCGCUCGCCUUCGAUCCUGGAAAGAGCCUCGCCGGACGGGCGUCUUUUGCGCGGUUUACGUCAUUGCUUGGAUCCUAGACUUUCUGGCGCCGGCAAUUUUUGCGGCUUUGAUCGCUCUGGUCAUAUACCCACCGUGCCGACCGAUCAUGUUCCCGCCAGCGCCAAUUGCUCUCGUCGACAAAGACACGGGAGGGGUCCAAAAGCCCAAAGCCGGAGUUCUGGGCUCACAUGAAAGUAUCACAGGUGCUCCUGAAAAAUAUAAAGGCGAGGCUGCCGAGAAAGAAGCUAGCAACUUGGUAGCAAGUGUUGCGAGCGUGGCUGUUGGCAGUGCAGUCGGAAAGCAUGAUCAGGGUGUCCCCGAGGAUGCACCCCUAGAAGGGUCUGUACCGGAUGCAAUGGAUAUUGUAUCUAACACCGCAGAUGCGCAAAGCGCAGCUCGGGGAGAAAUACCGUCCGAUACCCACGACAAGACUCGGCAGCCUAUGAAGCAAGCCGUCAUGGAUGGGGCAAACAUGGCUAUGGAGGUGGUAAGCGACAUUACAGAUACAUUUGAAAAGUUUGGAAAUGCGUUAUCCGCUACGCCGCCGUUUCCUCGACUCUCUCCUCGUUUGCGCCUAGUAGCCGUCCUGGCCCCGGCAUGUCUCUUGUCAACUUUGAUAUCAAGCUAUAUAUUGAUGAAAAGCAUCGGAUUAUUUAUCGGCUUUGCUUUCUUCGCAGAUCCUAUUAUUUGGCGCGGAAUCGCUUGGUUGAACAGCAAAUAUCCCCGUUGGCAGAGGCUCCUAGAGUUGCAAAACUCCCUUCUCAAAGGCAUCCCAACCAAUGCUCAACUCACCCUGACUCUCCUUCGAAUUGGCGAAACCAAUAUGUCACCACUGCCGCCUCCUCCAAACUCACUUGACAAAGCUCCAUCGCGACCCGCCUCACUCCAUCAUGAAGAGCUGACCCUCGGUGCCACUCGCGAUGAAAUCGAACAGGCUGCCUCGCACGAGCCUCAUCUUGCGCCACAAGCGCCAAAGCCAACAGAAGACCCCCACGGAAAGACCCUGGCAUCCAGAAUCGUCGGCUUCUUUCGUAAUACUACUGCAACAGGCGUGGAGAGCAAACGAGGAAUUGAUCGCAUGCGAGCGACGAUUGGCUCUCGUCAUGCCAAGAAUCGCGUCGGUGUGCUGCGUCCCAAGGGGAAGACGAGUACGCCCGUCGGGCCUGUCGAAUUUCAUGCCAGGUAUAAAGGUAAGCGUGGUGCUGUGGUGAUCGACUCGUCCCAAGAUACCCCGAUACUUUACUUCACAACCGAUCUACCUCAACCCGGGGACCUGCAAGUGGAGAACCGGAAGAAGGGCUCGGUCUUCUUCAAGAUACCAGUGAGUGAUAUACUGGAAAUGAAGAAGCUGGGUGGAUUGGGAUGGAAAGGAAAGUUGGUCGUCGGAUGGGCCAUGGGGAGCAAGGAAGUUGUGGAUGGCUUGCUCAUUAAGGGCAAGGAGCCAGACCAAUCGUACCAACUGACGGCGAUGGGAACGAGAAAUCAGCUUUUCAACCGAUUGAUUGCGAUUGACGGACAGGUUUGGGAAACUUUUUGA